CCGCGAAGGCCGACAUGACCACUGCCGAAUCCGUCACCUCCCCACCGACCUCUCCUCCCGCCAAACGUGUGAAGACCACUACAGACGAACAUCCCAAGAUGGCAACCUCAGAACAAGCCCCACCCCUCCUCGUCAAGAAGCUCUCUGAUAAGGCUCGCCUGCCCACCCGUGGCUCCGCCUUCGCCGCCGGUUACGACCUCUACGCCGCCAAGGAGACCACCAUCCCGGCCCGCGGCAAGGCCCUUGUUGACACGGAUAUUGCCAUCUCCGUCCCGGCCGGAACCUAUGGCCGCAUCGCCCCUCGUUCUGGUCUUGCUGCCAAACACUUCAUUGACACGGGCGCCGGCGUUAUCGAUGCUGACUACCGCGGCCAAGUCAAGGUCCUGCUCUUCAACCAUUCGGACACCGAUUUCUCCGUCGCCGAGGGUGACCGUGUCGCUCAGCUCGUCAUCGAGCGCAUCUACACCCCGGAGGUUGUUGAAGUCGCCGAGCUGGAGGAGAGCGUGCGUGGAGCCGGCGGGUUUGGUAGCACGGGCGUGUCACUUGACAAGCCGGCAGCAUGAGCCAUGACCCCGAACUGACACAAUAUCACAAUAUCACGAUGGACACCCGACAUGAAGAACAGUUGCCUUUCCGAGGCCUGGGCAGCGAAUCUGUAGUGGAACUCAAUAGACCUGGACUAUGGAAAACUGGUCCCAACUAGAUGGUGGAAUGAGACAUGAAUACCUAUUGCAUAACUAGGCUCCUCUUUUCUAUAUGGUCUUUGACUUCCAAGUCCCGUUCUAUAAGUGUCUCUCCUUUUUUCCCCCCAAGUAACCAGCUUCAUGCAC